AUGGUUGUCAGGAAUAUCAGUGGCUGGAUUAUCAGGCAAUGCAAUGGGGUGGUUGUCAGGCAAAGUGAUGGCAUGGUUGUCAGGAAUAUCAGUGGCUGGGUUAUCAGGCAAUGCAAUGGGGUGGUUGUCAGGCAAAGUGAUGGCAUGGUUGUCGGGAAAAGCAGUGGCUGGGUUAUCAGGCAAUGCAAUGGGGUGGUUGUCAGGCAAAGUGAUGGCAUGUUUGUUGGGAAAACAGUGGUUGGGUUAUCAGGCAAUGCAAUGGGGUGGUUGUCAGGCAAAAUGUUGGCAUGUUUGUCAGGAAUAUCAGUGGUUGGGUUAUCAGGCAAUGCAAUGGGGUGGUUGUCAGGCAAAGUGAUGGCAUGGUUGUCGGGAAAAGCAGUGGCUGGGUUAUCAGGCAAUGCAAUGGGGUGGUUGUCAGGCAAAGUGAUGGCAUGGUUGUUGGAAAACAGUGGUUGGGUUAUCAGGCAAUGCAAUGGGGUGGUUGCCAGGCAAAGUGAUGGCAUGGUUGUUGGGAAAACAGUGGUUGGGUUAUCAGGCAAUGCAAUUGCAUGGAUGUCAGGCAAUAUGUUGGCAUGUUUGUCAGGCGAAGCAGUGGUUGGGGUUAUCAGGCAAUGCAAUGGCAUGGAUGUCAAACAAAAUGGUGGCAUGUUUGUCAGGCAAAGCAGUGGUUGGGUUAUCAGGCAAUGCAAUGGUGUGGAUGUCAGGCAAAGCAGUAACAUGGUAAGCAGGCUAACAGGCAACGCAAUGGCAUGGAUGUGA